CAUCAAACACGAGAAAUCGCGAGUAGGAUGAAUGGUAGCCCGCCGCUAAGCCGGCUACAGUAGUAAUCCAGUGCAACGGCGAGCGGUAUCGCGCGGAGAGACAUGUCACUGGUCGAAACUCUCGUCCUUCUGGCGGUCGUUCUGGUGUCAGGGUACGCGUAUCCGCAAAACACGCUGCUGAACGAUGUGGAAGCCGUCAUCAAGUCCGUGUUCAAAGUGGCCCGUGAUCCAGCCACAUUUAAUUUGUACACCAGAGAAAAUCCGUUUGGCGAGGAGCAGUUGUUUUUAAACAACACCGAGGUGCUUUACGCGUCCCACUUCAACGAAAGCCGCCCGACAAAGUUUAUUAUUCAUGGAUUCAGCGACACCGGAAACGAAGCCUGGGUACGAGGUUUGAUAGAUGCGUAUCUGUUUCACGAGGAUGUGAAUGUGAUCGUCGUUGGAUGGGGCGUUUUGGCGGCGGACGUUUAUCCAUUGGCGGCGAACAACACGCGAUGGGUGGGCGAGUUUCUCGGCGAUUUUCUUGAAUUUCUGAAUCGUGAAUCGAACCUCGAAUACAACGACGUUCACAUCAGCGGCCAUAGUUUGGGCUCGCACGUGGCGGGAUUCGCUGGAGCCUACUUAGACGGCCGUAUCGGCAGAAUAACAGGCUUAGAUCCAGCUAGUCCACUGUUCGAGACGAUUUCCGGGAUUGUCGACCCAGAAUUCAGAUUAGAUCCAACUGAUGCGCAGUUCGUGGAUGUGAUUCAUACGAGCGGUCCUGCGUUUGGAUUUUUGGCACCGUUAGGUCACGCUGACUUCUAUCCCAAUAAUGGAAAGUUUCCUCAGCCUGGAUGCUCGUUUCUACCUACCACGACCUAUUGCAGCCACUCGCGAGCUCAUCAGUUCAUGAUAGAGAGCAUAGGAAGCACAUCAGGGUUCAAGGCAAGAACCUGCGAAAGUUGGGAGAAAUAUAAAGAAGGACGUUGCGAUUACAAUCCGGUCGUUCUGAUGGGAGAAUACGCGUCCACGUCGUUGCGGGGAAAGUUUUAUCUAGCAACGAACGACGCGCCUCCAUUUGCAAUAGAAUAAAGAAAAAUAAGCGAUGAUGAACAGAAAAUUUGGAACGACUCUCUGUGGUGACGAUCGUGUAUUCGCGACAUCAAAAUAAUCUGUACUAGUCAUUUACAAGUUACUUUAUUUAUGCAGCGUGCGCGGUUUUAUUCGAAUCCUCUUCUCCUCUUUGUUUCUUCUUCUUCUUUUU